AUGAUAUGUAAUGUGGGAUUAAAAAAAUAUUUCUCCGAUAUAAUAAAGGGAUUUUGAAGUGAAUCCCAUAACAAGAAAGUCAGAGGUUGCAGCAUGGCGUCGCUUUGGUACCCAGUCGUAGUAAUAGUGGUCAUGGCCACGGUGUCUAGACCAGUGAGUGGUACAGCAGAGGCCAUGAGCCAUGUCACCGCGCAUUUUGGCAAAGCUUUGGAAGAGUGUCGAGGAGAGUCGGGUCUGUCGCCUGAGGUUCUGGAACAGUUCCAACACUUCUGGAGCGAGGACUUUGAGGUGGUUCACCGCGAGCUGGGCUGUGCACUGAUCUGCAUGUCCAACAAGUUCUCGCUUAUGCAGGAUGAUGCCAGGAUUCACCAUAUCAAUAUGCACGAUUAUGUAAAGAGCUUUCCUAAAGGUGAACUUUUGUCUGAAAAGAUGGUAGAACUCAUCCAUAAUUGCGAAAAAGAACACAAUAAUAUUGAAGAUGACUGUAGCCGCGUGGUGAAGGUCGCAGCGUGCUUCAAAGUUAACGCGAAGAAGGAAGGGAUCGCACCGGAAGUUACUAUGAUAGAGGCUGUGUUAGAAAAGUAUUGAGUUUCACCGGAGUCAUGAUGCUCUAUGACGUUCGAAUCAUAACAUACGAGUACUCUUAGAUAUAGCAUCUGUACGUCAUAAUUGAUCGUCCUUGUAUUUAGAUAAGUCGCAACAUAGAUAUGUCCUGCAUUUAGUGCGUAUUUAGGAUUUUAAUAUCAUAUAGAAUUAAAUUCCAGAAUGAAAAUUUAAGUUUUAAUCAAAGUUAUUUGUUGUUGAUUUUUUUCGUGUUUUGAUUCUUUUACCUUUCAUUAUUAGUGUUAAUUCAUUUUAGUUUAAUAAGCAAGGAUUGCAUUACCCAUAUAAUGUUUAUCGUUGCAUUUACGUGCUGAUCGGAAAUCUGGUUUUAAGAUAUCUAAUUUAAUAUAUUAUCAAAUGCCCUAAUUUCACUUGUUUGGAGAAAAAUGUUAAGUGUCUGUAAGUUUUCCAAAAUAUUUUGAAUCUAAGGCCCGGUUUAAUGUUGUGGGAUUGACAUAAAAAAGUACCUACCUCUGUUAUAAUUUUGCUAUUUUGUAACAAGUAUAUCUUACGAUAACUCACUGCGAGAAUAAGGACACCGAUUUUGCGCUUAUUUAAAAGAAUACAAAUAUAUAA